AUGUCCAAGCCCUACAGCACCUUCCAAGGCGCUUACGCAAGGCAGAGCCAGUCCGCUGGCAUGUCCCCUCGGAUGGCGGAUCCCGAGAGCAGCUUCAGCUUUGGAAAGCGCAAGCGCUUGAAUGUUGUAUCGAUCCUGCUCAACGUCCUGGCCCCGUGGCUGGUCUUCUGCGGCGUCUUCGCCGCGAUGUCCUUCAAGACCCAUCACUCCAGCCCGGUCCUGGCCUGGCUUGCCGUCGUUGCAGGCCUGGUGCUUGCCGGAGGAGCAGGCAUCCUCGCACGCAGGACCAAGAUGCAGGACCAGGAUCCUACUUGGUACACCUUCGCAGCACUUGCGCUGGGCGUGGCCACCAUCUCCGCGGCAGUCCUGGGAGACAUGAACUAUUGGUACAACAUGCAGCCGUACUAUGACAUCGAGAACAUCAACACCUACCCCUCUGUGAAUCCCGCACGGGAGAAGGGCCAGCAGUUGAUGGACGCUGGGCGCGUGUAUUUCGAAGAUGGCACUGGGUUGGACACCUCCAAGGCCAUGGCUUUCCGGAACCUCGACAGGUACUGCGUUGCGCCCAUCGUCUUUGGACAGGAGCCCCUGGCCUCCUAUGAUUUCUGGGCUGUCGGCGUGAACUGCUGCAGCGGCACCACUGCCGACUUCCGUUGCGGCGAGUUUGACAACCCCAAAGCUCGCUCCGGCUUGCGACUGAUGCGCGAAGACCAGCGACCCUUCUUCCGCCUGGCUGUGCAGCAGGCCGAGGCCGACCUUUGCAGAGGUUUCCUGUCUUUUCUGUCGAUACGGGUUGGGCUACGCGGCUUCUGUGGACCCGACGAGGCGGCGUACAACAUCAAGUCCAACCACCCGCUUUUCUUCUAUUGGAUGCAGGAUCCGGUUGCAGAGGUCCUGAAGUACCGCAGCGACGGCUUCAAGUAUGCGCUCAUCGCGAUCUCCACCUUCUUUGCCUUCAACAUUCUGUGCGUCGUUGGGUCUGUCUUUGCCUUCUCCAAGCUCAGCCACGAGUUCUGA